AACCGGAACAGGCAACAAGUCUUAAGAAUCAAUAUUAAUAAUAGCCAAAGUGGGUAUAGUUUUUUAAAGAAAAUUUCACCUUUGCUUAACUUUCAUUACAAAAAAUACAAUUAACAUUGUUAGCUUCUCUUAACUAAUGAUUAGGGCUUAGGAAAAUAGAAAAAGGAGUGGCAUGGGUAACAUUUUAGAAGGAAGCGCGAGCGUGGACGAGAAAAUUACAACAGCAGAGAUAACUUUUACGUAAAAAUCUUGAUACAACCGAUGAGGUAUGAACAAUAGUGGGGCGUAAAAGUCAGUCGUAAGAUAAUAUUAAAUUGACCGAUGAUUCAAAGCUUUUCGCGAGCCCAACUGAAGCACAAAGAGUAAAUUUAAUAACGUCUUGUAACUGAAAUAGAAGCUUUAAAGAAAAUUGCAAUUUUCAUAAGCUGAAAAUAAAGAUGGCACAAAAAGUCGGAAAAUAUCAACACGAACGGAAUGAAAAUCUCGAUGGAUACUUCAAGGCUGUUGGCGUUCCAUAUAUUCCUCGAAAAAUGGUGCUCACUGCGAGUCCUACUCUUGAAAUAAAGCAAGAAGGUGACAAAUGGACUAUUCGAACUAUUUCUAUAAUGUGCACUUCAGAAAUAACUUUUACUUUGGAGAAAGAAUUUGAAGAAGCGAUGGCUUCUGGAGUUACUUUAAAAAAUGUGGCAAAAAUUGAAGGCGACAGCAUCAUUAUUACUUCUACUGGACCAAACGUCGAAAAAACUGUACGAAAAUAUGAUUUUACAGACGAACAAGUAAUUUUGACUAUGACACACGAGCAAAGUGGUCAGGUUGCAAAGCGAUUCUUCAAAAGAAUUGCAUAAAGUCGGUGGACUUUAUACCAACUAAAAAUCAGCACCGGCACAAUACUUUUUUCUAUUUAAUACUAUAUGUUGCAAUAAAACUAGUUUUGUAACUUUU